AUAAUGCUUCUUUCAUAAUUUUUUUUUAAUGACUGAAUUCAUUUCGUGCCCCUGUUUCAGCACGCAACGGACGAACCGUAAUGGCAUAUAGGGGAUUUCACAGUUCAAAAAUCAGACAGAAAACGACAGUGACGCGCCCCGCCAUUUCCGCUUGCUAACGGCAUUUAAAGUUUACCGGGGUGGCAGUUAAGCCAGGGAGCACUUCAGCACUUAGAUAUGCACUGCCACUAAAUUAUUCAGUUGUGCGCAAUGAGCACCCCAUAAGUCCUACAAAGCGGGAGAUAGGCGGGGGCAGAAGUCCAGCUUUUUCCUCCAGAGACUUCGUAGAGAGAGUUCUAGCGAGUGAGUGGAAGAAGAAGGCGAUGAGGAGGGAGGGCGAACCGAUUAGGAUAAUGCUCGGGGUGAACGUGUCGACACUCAAGGGGUAUACCGACGUACCGUAUCCAUAUGCAUCAAUAAGCUGCACAAGAGCUUUCGAGUGGACUCUCCAGAAGAUCGUUCGCUCCAACACCUCUGCCUUCAAGCUUCUCUUUCUUUACGUUCAUGUCCCCGACGAAGACAGUUUUGAUGACAUGGAUUGCAUUUAUGCAUCACCUGAAGAUUUCAAAAGCAUGAUGAGUAGGGACAGGGUAACAGGGCUUCAUCUGCUACAGUACUUUGUCACUAGAUGUCAUGAAAUUGGGGUUUCUUGUGUCUCAUGGAUCAAGACAGGUGAUCCCAAAAAAGUAAUCUGCCAUGAGGUGAAGCGAAUCCAGCCGGAUUUUCUGGUUUUGGGAAACCGGGGUCUUGGCCUGUUCCAGAGGAUUUUCAUAAGAACUGUCAGCGACUUUUGCGUGAAGCAUGCUGAAUGCCCUGUCAUCACAAUCAGACGCAGGGCAGAUGAAAUACCUGAGGAUCCAGCUGAUGACUGA